ACAGUUCGGACGGUCGGAGUCGAUUCCCGGUCGGCAGAGCAGUGGGGAGCGUCUAGGCCACGUUUUCCACAAGAAGUCGUUUCGCAAACUAACGUACUGCCACCACUGCACCGACAUGUUGUGGGGAUUUCUCAACCAAGGCAACAUCUGUCGGAUUUGCAAUUUCGUAACGCACGACCGCUGUAUGUCGGUCAUCCGGACGCCAUGUUCGGCAAUUGCCGCUUCUCUUGUUAAGAAUCCAGUCGCUCACACUUGGAGCAAGGCCGGGAAAUUCCGAAAGGAGUUUUGUAGUGUUUGUCGACGGCGGUUGGAAGACAACUGGGCAGUGCGUUGUGAAGUUUGUUACUACCACGUGCACGAAGAAUGUUACGAUUUAGCCGUCAACGACUGUAGGAACUGUGCUACUUACUCUUCAAAUCAGGAUGAGGGUUACGUACUCAAUCAUCAUUGGAGAGAGGGUGGUGUUCCACCUGGAGGGAAGUGUGUCAUGUGCAACAAAGACUGUGGAACCAAUGAAUUUUUGUCUAGUGUGCAUUGUAGCUGGUGUCGGAGAUCAGCACAUUCUGGUUGUUCUGAACAUUUGGAGCAACAUUGUGAUAUGGGUGUGUUGAAGAGGCUUAGUUUGCCUCGAUACUGCUGCUCUUUGCCGAGAAUCAAGCUGAGCACUGGUGCGACACAUGAAGUUCUCACUACUGUUGACAAGAAUGUGUCAUCGUCAACUGAAAAAAAUCGGGACUCAGGCUCAAAAGAUCAAAACUCUUACAAGGUAUGUGACAGUUCAACACAACAACCAUAUAAAGUGGUGCCAAUUCAUGGCUCAGCGACAGCCGAGGAAAUUCUAGCGGCGUCUCUGAAACAGUUUCAAAUUUGUGAUAAUGUUGCCAAUUAUUGUCUAGUGCAAGUGGAAGAUGGCAUCGAAAAGGAAUUACAACCGCUUGAUGUUCCAACACGUUCUCGAUCUCACAGUGGAUCUUCGCUCACUUUCUGCAUGAGAGCCAGGAAUGUCGAUGCCGACAAGGGAGUUAUCAGAGUCUAUUCAGGAAUGCAAAGCAUUGACAGUGCGUUGAAGUUCAAGACCGUUAAUGCCAGUGUAGACACAAGUACCGAAGAGAUAAUUCGAUUGGCUUUGAAUAAAAUGGGGCUGAAGGGAGAGGGCUCUUCAGCAUUCUCAUUAGUUCAAGUGACUUUGCACGACGGAGUUCAGGAAAGUGUGUUGCCUCAAGACGCUCACCCUUGGCAAGUCAUCAAAGCAGCAACAGCUCGAUCUCUUCGUGAGGCCAAGCUGAUGAGGUUUUACCUUCGACGAGACGCUGAAGUGUCUUACAGCAUCAGCGUUGGACUUUAUGUUGGAGGCAUGCCGAAAAACAAACCAGAAGACUUUUAUGAACGCUCGAUCAAGGGCUUAGUGGGAACACUCGACAGUGACACCCACAUCGGUCCCGUGUAUCCAAGUUUUGGUUGUAUGUUUAUGGAAUUUAACGCUCCUGACACGGCAGCCAGAAUGAGUGCCGUUCUACAACAAACAAGACCCGGUCUGAAGCAGUUGAAGGUGUUCUCACUGCCACACAUAGAGCCACAUAUAUUACCAGAAGACAUUGAACCGCUGCUUAUAUUUGUUAACAAGAAGAGUGGUGGUGGAUACGGUGAAGAGUUGUAUUUAGCACUGAAGAGGCUCGUUAACCCACUUCAAGUAUUUAAUCUGGGUGAAGGAGGUCCCCUUCCGGGUUUGCAUGUUUUUCGGUUUGUUCACAAGUUUCGUAUACUUAUUUGUGGUGGAGACGGCACGUUUGGUUGGGUUUUGACAGUUCUGGAUGAAGCAAGACAGAAUAUGGCGUGUAAAUAUCCUCCAUCAGCUCUUCUUCCUCUUGGCACAGGUAACGAUCUCUCAAGAGUUCUUCGUUGGGGUUCCGGGUAUGGUAGCACUGACGAGUCACUUCUUAACUACCUGAUAGCAGUAGACAAUGCAGAAUUUACAUCCAUGGACAGGUGGACAGUUUGUGUUGAAGAAACGGUAGGAGUACAUUUUGGAGAACACAAAACAUUAGCUAAUCGACUGAAACAUUUGAGUGAGACUUCAGAUGAGUUGUCGGUCACGACUGAUCAAAGGAAUUGUCAUACAAACGUGAGUGAAAUGAAACAACAGUUUGAAGAUGCACAUAGAAGUCGAGCACAUACCGAUCAAAUGCUAUCCGAGCAAGAAAGUCCAGAAUUCAAACGAAGCUCAAAGACGGUAUCUGUAUCAAGAAGAAGAGAUGGAUUAGGUUCCAUGGAUUCUAUCGGCAAUGGCAGCAUAUCAGGCAACAUGCGAUUACACUCACGAUCUCCGAACAUCACAGUUUUGAAUAACUACUUUGGAAUCGGAAUUGAUGCCGAUAUCACACUGGGAUUUCAUAAAGCCAGAGAAGAAGCGCCUGAAAAAUUUAGUAGUAGAUUUCAUAACAAGGGCGUAUACGUUCGUCUGUCUUUAUCAAAGAUGAUAAGCAAAGGUAAUACGAGUGAUCUCGUGAGGCGGGUUAUAAUGGAGUGUGACGGCAAAGUUGUGCGGUUGCCCGACGUGGAAGGGAUCAUAGUGCUCAACAUCGGCAGUUGGGGAUCAGGUGCAGACUUAUGGGGCUCCGAUAGGGACGAUAGGUUUUUAACUCCGGCAUUUAACGAUGGUUUUAUUGAAGUUGUGGGCGUGAACGGAGUCAUGCACAUGGCACAAAUUCAGGGAGGUCUUCGGACAGGCAUUCGGCUAGCUCAGUGCUCUCACGUCAAGUUUACCGUGAGAGGCCCGAUACCGUUGCAGGUCGAUGGUGAGCCGUGGAUGCAGGAUGGUGAUUGUACUAUUGUGAUCACGCGGUGUUCGGAGCAGGCAAGAAUGCUAAUGAAAUGUAAGAAAUUGGGAAAGAGAUCUGCUGCUUCGCCGAGUCUAGCUCGAUCUCAUGGAAUUAAACAUGAAGGUUAUACGAAAUAGGUCUAAAUGAUGUCAAUUUUUGUGAAUAGCUUGGGGUAUUGAUAUUGACGCCAUUCGUUAUUGCGUAUGAGGGAGUCUGACUAUACACAAUCGUGGUUGUUUUAUUAUAUAUGAUCUAUUGUGGAUUUGCUAAGAGUGUACUUACACAGGUGUAACUAUAUUUUGAAUUUAGCAUUACAUCAAUUGUUUCUUACCUCGA